AAGCAGGCGACGGCGACGCGCAGUGUAGUAAGUUCCUGAACGCUAGUACAGGAAGUAUCGGAACUUCAUCACUAUCAAAAGUUUUACGAAGUACAAGUCAAGAGUACAGCUUUGUUAAACAAGAUUCGGACCUAGCACGUAGAAGAAGUAUACACUAUGGUAUUGACGCCUCCGGUUUAUUUUAAAGCGAGGACCACGGCAAGAAGGUUCUACGGUUUAUUCACCACUGGCACUAUUCCUUUGAAGUUGAAACUGAAAGCCAGGAUUUUUCGUAGUUAACAAUCGCAAUCCAUUUUUAGCAACCUGAGCCUGAAGCUUAUCCAAAAUGUCGUGUGGCGUACUGCAACAGCUGAGCGACCCGGGAUGUGUCGACUACUGCCUCCCCUUCGGGAGUGACCGCAGUAUCGUCAUUCGCGGGACCGUCGUGGAGUUGAUUGAGGUGGUAACGCUGCCGAACCAAAGAAGUACUACCUCCAGCAGCAGUAGUUCCUCCUCCACUGCCAAUAAAGACGAUGUCGAAUUGUCCUCGUCUACAACAACCUCCACCAGAUUGCUAUGGGAGUGUCAGAAUCGAAAUUGACAAAAUCGAAAAACUUGUGAUGCACAAAAUCGCUGUCAGUUGGAGCCUCAGUUUUCAAGUGGCGCAUGACAAAUUUCGGGAGCACCAAAAUCCAGCUUGUCAAUCUGUUUGGGGGAAGAAGACUGCUCCUGUCAUGCUACUCUGGCAGCACAUUGCAUACCCCUAAGCAGGCUUACAAUCGGCCUCAUAUGCCUGCUCCCCAAUACAGGCCUUCAGUGCUCUACAUUUUAUGCAUCACAAGUUUUUCGAUUUUGACGAUUUCGAUCCUGACGCUUCCAUAAUUGCAUGCCAGUCUUACCCUGUUCGACCGCCCGGCGUACGCGAGUACCGCGUUUAAACACUCCCAAUUCGGCGACGAGAACCUCCUCGUGCUGUUUUUUCGCACCGCGUCGGCGUCAACGGAUGUGAGGUUUUCGGUGCUGCAAUUUGCCCCGGAAUUCAGCUCCUUCCGCACGUUGUCCACCCACAUUCUGCACCUGAGCCGCGGGUUACCGAGCUUGCGGCGGGAUGCUUUGUGCUUAAAGGUGCACGUAGACCCGAACGAGAGGUGUCUUAUGGUGCAGGUGGACUCGGUGCAUUGCGUGGUGUUCACAAUUUUCGAUGACGCCCUACUGGCUGUCAACAUCAGCGAGGACCCGGUGCCCGUACCUAUAUCAAACGCAAAAAUGUCUGGGUCUGGAAACUUGUAAUGCUGCGUUGGGAAUAGUGAAUGCUCUGUAAUGCACAGGCAAGCAUGUGAAAUAUCUGCGCUUCUUUGUGGUGCGUUUUUUGCAUGACAAACUGCAUUUUUGCAUGACAGGCAAAAGGGUCUCUUCUUGGACACGCAUCACAAACUUUUUGGUCAUGCCAGACAAGCAUGACACACCUCAAGAUCUUCCAGACCCAGACAUAUUUGCAUUUGAUAACCUACGAAGUUCGGCCAAACAAGUAAAGGCAGGGGAAAGCGGGGUAAGUGAUAAUUUGUCGUGGUGCAGCUUCCAGUUCUUUUGAUAGACAAACUUAGGUGGAGGUAGAAUUUCAAGUUUGAUGUUUAUGCGUAAAUCAUUCGUUCUCUGUCUGGAUAUCGACAUCUCUAGAGUAAAGCAUCUUCUGAUGAGACAUGAUCUUGCAGCUAUUCCAUCAGAGAACUUAUACAGUUUAUGCACCUACUCCCACUUCUAGUUCUACUCACUCCACCUUUCUUCACAGGAAGGAGCCGGCUCGUCGCGAGCGCUCCCCCCUCGAAGCCGGACCCGAACAAGGGCAAAGGAAAGGCGGAGGAGCAGCAAAACCUCCACGAAGCGGAAUACUUCGACUGCCAGCCGUUUUUCCAGGAGAAGGCGUUUGUGUUGAACUUCAGCAAAAGUUUGCGCGUCUACACAGCGGACGACGUCUGUUUCCUCCCCAGCCAGGGUUUGACAAGGCCCUGUUUCGCGGUCGUGGGGCGCACGGGGCCCGGCACCGCCAUGGACAUGGCAAAGUGUCGGAAUUCCACCGUUCUCUUCGUCGUCUCGCUGUUUCUCCGAACGGAAGAGCUCGCGAUUCUGUCCAAGGGCGCCGGUUUUUUUUUCAACGCGAGCAGACUCCUCCCGCUCCCGUCCGGCGUCUGCAUCCUGUCCUCCUACGCGCUCGCCUUCGCGGGCAACUACAAGCUGGACGAGGACCACGUGGCCGCGCAAAUCACGCACCAGAACGGGCUGCUCGUGGACGACCCAGACCUCUUCCCGUACAACGUGGUCGAGGAGAACUGCGCCCUGAACCUCGACAUGACGGACUGUUCCGUCGCCCAAGUGCCGGAGCACGACAGCUUCGUCCUGUUGACCCACCCCACGCUGCAAGAUGGCGCGCUCUACAUCUGCGACAUCGUGGAGCAAACCAUGUCCAGCCUGCAGCAGCGCACCCCGCGCAUGCCCAGCCCGCAGCAGUCCCCCCAGCCGAAACUGCUGAACAAACAGCGACACCACCUCUCCGCGUCCUCGGUCUGCACCUUUGUGUGGCGACAAAUCACGAUUUUCGGCCCCGCCUCCGACCCGCUGCUUGGCCACGCGCUCGACUCCUUGUGCUUUUUCGGCGGGAAAUUUUUACACCUGACCAGUAGCGCUUCCGGGUCGCAGAUCUUGGUCGAGAUGGAGCCGAACGUGAGUACGAGCAGUGCGGAGGUGGAUCCUGACGAGUUACUGCCGAUGAACAGCAAGCCUACCGGUCUGCAGCUGAAGCCGGAGGAGGAGCUGGAAUAUCUGACGAAGGUCGACAACCGCGAUUACGUGGAUCAGCCGGAUGCCUGGGACCCACAGCAGCAUCUGCGGAUGUUGAAAGAUCUGGCAACCGACAUGGAGAAGGAGCAGAGCCAGAAGCAGGUCGUGGCAAAGAAGAAAAAGAAACGCACCACGGAUGCGUUUGUGUUCAAGAUGCGCAAAACGGAUACCAGGAACCUCGGCCGGUUACGGUCGGUCAGUACGAUCGGGGUCAACUUGAACGACCAGCGGGGCACCGGGGCAAAUUGGACGCCUGGCUUCGUCGCGGUGACCGGAUUUGGGGAACAGCACAGCCACUUGAACUGCGUCCACGCCGAGGUGCCAACCGAGGCCCGGGUGUCGUUUCAACUUCCGCCUGAUGUGUUGUCCGAUAGCUGGACGCUACCACUUUUUGUGGAGCAAAAUGUUGAUUCCAGCUUUUCUGCUCAACAUCCGGCGGCGCACCAGCAACCAGCGACGAAAAGGAGAAAGAAGGACCACGCGACACCAAAGAAUGGUGAUUCUGCUACUGAGCAAAACAAUAAAACCUCCUUCUCAACAAAAGAGACGAAGUACCUUGUUGUGUCGACAGAAUCAACGAAGAACUUGGUCUUGGACGUGGCCGCCCAGGAAGAGGGCGGAACCGUGACCAUCCGCGAGUUACCCAACUCCUUCCUCUGCGAGAAGCAGCUGCUGUUUUGCGGCGGGAUUCUCAAAUACGGGGCGUACUGGGUGAUGCUGCAGAGCGGCGACUUGUUCGUCGUAGACCCGGUCGCGCUGGAGCCUUUGGUUUCCAUGCCGGCCAGUGACGUGUUUGGUACGGAUCCGGAGUACGAAAACGCCGCAAUAUUGAAUCCGGAGGACGCAAGCCGCAGGUUCGCGGACGCGCAGGUGUUUGCGAGCGGCAGUGGAAAGCAUUUGGUCGUUUUGGAGCACGGUACGAAAAGGAUGCACUUGCUGGAACUGGAUUUUGACCCGGUGUCCCGGGGCGGCGUGAUUCACAAUCUCACCUACGACGCUGCGGAGCACGGAGACAUCUUGACAGCGAACUUUUACAACGACGAUUUCUUGGUCGCCGUCACGGAGAAAGUGAGCACUGCGACCGAACAGGAACAACACCAGCAGCGGGGACCGAAGCGGAAACGGUUUUUGAAGAUUUUUCAGCUGAUGAAUACGCCGAAAAACCAGGCCGAACUCCUCGAGGUCUUUUCGGUUCCGAACAUCGAUCAGGGCGUUUGCCUGCUCCGAUCCAUCCUCUCGGGGACCACGAGCGCGGUAAGUUCCAAAAAGGAUCGGGCGCGGUGCGUGGCCACCCCCGCGACGGAUGGGAAUGACUUUGCGGACACCGAGUACGCGACGCCUGAAAUGCUUGCCGUCGCAUUGGUCGACAUGAGCCUCGCGACCGGCGACGCGGGGCCGACCCUGGUGUUGUUGCAAGAGGGCCGUCCAGUCUUGGUGUACCGCGCUUUUCGGAACACCCCGGACCAAACCGAAGCGUUUCCCUACAACUUCCGACUAGUCACGCACAAGUACAGUUUUUGCUCUUCUUUAUCUAGUGCUCACGACAGUUUUGUAAAGACCGAUUAUAUGGUGCGACCAGGGCCACCACCACCUCGAACACACAAAGUCGUGCGCAACUGAGCUCACCUCGUGCGCGCAACUGAGACUGGGAUAGCUAAGUUGCGCCGAGCACGUAGUUCUUGCGAUGUUGCACUCAGGCUACUUAAGUCGUGCGAAGCACUUCAGUUUUCGCUCUGGGCACUUAGAGCUAAAAUGUUGAGCAGCAGAAGUUAAUAUGACACAACAUCAUAGGCUCUUGCUGGACGAGCAUGCGUAUUCAGAUGAUGAGACCACGAUAUCGUGUCUACAUGAAAAAAUAUCAGGUUUACGUACCAAGUGCGAAAAACGCACAAGCCCCGGCUCCGAAUCUUUCCCAUCGGCGUGGGCAACGGCGUUUGUGUCGAUCGGUGGUGCACACGGCAGAACGGACCGCUGUUUAUCUUCUCGGAGGGAAAUCGGACGUAUCUCCACCCAGGAAGGAAGGAGCUGCUAAAUGUCCAGCCGUUCCACAGUUCCGCACUUUUCAUUGACGACGAGGAAGAGGAAAUGAACGAAGAGGACAGUGAUGCGAUAGCCGGUGACACCGCAGGGAACAACCGAGAGAACAGCAAAGCCGCCUCCAAAGCAGACCAGCCCGCGCAACUCUGCCUGUUUGGUCUGGCGAAAAAGCAGGUGAAAGUUCCGAAAGCUCCCGUGGACGGCGGGGACUUUUCCUUCGGUGAGGGGGAAUUCUCCUCCAUGGACGUGUAUGAAGGCGAGAUUCACACGUUAAGCGGACACGUCGAUCUCUACGCGCCGGUGCUACGAACGAUGUUCACGCUGGAGAAGACCCCGGUUCUGACCAAGGUCGACCCGGUCUCCCGGUUGUGCGCCAUCGCGACCACGGAAACGAUUAUCGAACAACGCGCGUUAGACAGCGUCCACCACUUGGUCGAAGAGGACGCCACGCUAAACGCCGCGCUGCCAGAGAUCGAACCCGAACUACCGGUCGAGGGUGCGGCAGGAGAAGCGGCGGCGGCCACGACGGAGCAACAGCCGGAGGUCAAGGAGGAGCCAGAGGAGGACGACGAGGAAGAAUCGCAGGUCGUCACAACGACUGUCGUGAAAGAAGAGAAGCGCUCUGUGUCCCGACGCGUCCAGCGGUAUGAGGUGCAGGUAUUAAAGGAACUGUCUUUGCAGUCGCUGGCGUGCUCCUGCGAGCAGUUACAAGUGUUUUCAUGAUGAUCGAAUGUUUGUUGAAAAUUCUUGAUGCACACAAAAACAUUUCCCAGGUCUGCUUUGUCCAAGACCCCUCGGAGCUGACGAAUCCCAGUAUUCUGCCGCUGAAUUUUUCCUACGCCUUAGCGGACAACGAAGCCGUCGUCUGCAUGGAUUGGUGUCAGUUUUCCGGGCUCGGAAGCAACGAAAGCGUGCUCUGCGUCGGCACGUCGAUCAACCUGGGGGAGGACGCGAUUUGUCGUGGCCGCGUGCUGCUCUUCCGGGCCAAAGAUCCAAAUAGAGGCACCGGGAAAGCAAAGGUAAGGAGGUGCUUUUUGGUUCUCCAAGCAAAAACAAAAAGGAAUGCGCGACGACUUCAGAAAGAAAAAGCAAAUGCAAAAGGAAAAGUAAUAUCAAUUUCGAACUCAAUCUCCAAACCUACAUCGUGAUCAAAAACCUUCAAUCAGGGAGAGCAAGGCGAAGCGACCGGUGAUGGCUCCCCGUCGGCCGAUGUGAGUAUAAAGCUAGCCGCUGCGGAAAGUUCAGAGCCGAUCUUUUCCAAACGCGUAAAGGGACCCAUUCUCUGCAUGCAGCCAUGCGGAAAGGACUUGCUGGCGUACUCCUGCGGGCACCGAUUCUGCUUACAUAGGUACGUGUUAGUACUGUCCUUGUUGACUAGGUCGACGUUUUGGCAUGUUGGUGGUGCAGGAAGACUGUGCCUCCUUACGAAUUGUCUUCAUGCAGGGUUGUUUUGUCAUCAAAAAAUUAAACGAUUUGAUUAGGUGGGACCGAGAUGCGGGCUCGCUGCAAUUGGUCGCUUUCCACGAUAGCGGGUUCUGCAUCACAAGCCUGACCAUUGUGAAGAACAAGUACAUCCUUCUCGGUGAUCUGCACAACGGAGUCGACUUGCUGCGCUGGUUUGAGGAGCCCGGCGCCGGUAUGAAACCGGUGCGGAAGCUCGAGAGGUAUAAAAGAUUUGUAUCAUUCAUCUUGAAGUGCUUUUUUCCCACUGGCUGUGUCAUAUUGAAGGAUACGCCCUGCUGGGCCUAUUUCUGAUCCCCCCGCCGAACGAAGCUGAAGAUUAGGUUUGUUCACUAUGCGUUCGUGGAAAGCAAAAGCAAAUAACUCUCCACCAAAAACUGCAGGUUGGCUCGGUCUGCUUGCUCGGGCAACAGCAUUGUUUCCCUGAUUAACAAGGAACGACAGCUCGGCGGAGAGAAUAACGGGAGCCAGGUCCCGGUGCUUGCGACCAACUUCAUCCUGGACCAGAGCACGCUCGGCUUGGUCGCGGCUGACCUGGCUGGCAACCUUCACCUCUUCCAGUACUUUCCCAAUUUGGUGGACGGCAAGGAGGGCGAUCGCGUUCUCAGGACCAGCGCCAGUUUUUACCUCGGGACCACCUGUCGGGCGAUCGAGCGACUGGAGAAGACGGUGCGCGGCCGGCGGUUUGGCGGCGUGUUUUUCGGCGGGCACGAUGGGAGCAUGACGGCGCUCUACAGCCUCACCGACUCGAAGUUUCGCAUUCUCAACACGUUAUGCUCCGUGUUGGUCCAAAAACUUCCCUUUUCCGCCGGUUGUAACCCGUUUCUGAAGCGAUGCCCGGCUUACUUCCAAGGCCACUACCGGAAGAAUUUGGAGGACGGCGCGCUGCUGAACCUGUUUUUGUUUCUGUCCCUACCGCUGCAAACCGCGAUCGCAGACAGGAUACAGAUUCCGCUCAACACCUUGCGGAAGCACGUGGAGGAGGCGACAGGAAUUGAACCAUUCUAGUGUAGUGUGUCGAAAAUUUUUGUGGGGAUGCGAAGUGGUCGUCCCACUUUCACUGUUGGUAACCUUUGUACUCAUGAGUGACGACACUCAAUUUCCCUGACCCUCUCCCUGCCGACGCGCAAAAGUACAGUAACACAUACGAUUAUCAAGAAUCGCCGUGCUUCUUUCGCGGAAACGAACAGAUUUGCUGGAAGCGUUCCAGCAGUAGCGAACCAAAUCAAGCGACAAGUCCCUUAAGCGACACAGAACAAUAAUUAUGAAAAGAAAAACAAAGAAAGAC